AUACUUGUAUAUUAUUAUCGAAGCAGUCAACAGACUGUGGCUUUCAGACUCAAUUUUAUAUUAAGCUAAACUAAGCUACCCAGUUAAGUAUCGACAUCGAGCGUGUUUAACUUCACUUCACGGCCAAAGCAUGCACAACUUGAUCAAGAGUCGCGCCGUCUUUGAGAUAUUGAAGAAGCCGUUGCCGGAGCUAUUGCGCUUCUACAGGGAUAGCGACAGCGAUAGCGAAUGCGAAGGGAGUUCCACAGAUGUUGCAUCAUGCUCCUCAGAGGCAACCACUGCGACCAUCUCGGCAGCGGAGGCAGCAGCAGAAACAGCCGAGGCAGAGGCUGCCGCCAAGCUUAAUAUCAAUGCGAGUGUGUUUGUGCCGCGCUUGAAAGAUGCCGAAGACUUGCGCCUCGUCGACCUGAAGCGCCAAUUCGAGGCAUUGGACGUGCGCAAGCCGCUGGCGCAGCCCAAGUUAUUGCUGCCCUGGAAGGGCUUCCCCAAGCCCCAACAUAUCGAGCGAGCCAACAAACCGCCAGUUCAAUGCAAAGAGCUGAAGGCUGCAGUCACUAGUGAUGAGAGCAAGGAGGAGUCACCACGCCCUCUGCGUGCCAUGUCGGACAAGGAGUCAACGUGCUCGUCGUCCUCCUCGCUGUCCAGCAGCCGCAAAAAACAUCUGAAGGAGCGAUCACUCAUGAAGUCUGUGCCCGAUGACAAGCGACGCGAGCAGGAGCGCAAGGUGGCCCUGGAAGCUCUCAAGCUAGUUGAACAGCGACGCAUGCGCGAACCAAAUGAAGAGCCACAGAUCAUUGUUCAUCUGACGCGUUUGCCCGUCGACUUCACCGCGGAGGAGCGUGUGCGCGUAAACCGACUGCGCAUUAUCAAACGGGAGCACAUCGAGAGCGUGUUGCGCGAAAUGCGCGACGAGCGAGAGUUGAAGCAGCAAAAGGCCGAGGGUAUACAGCCAACUAGUCGCUACAUAUGCCUGCAGCGUGGAACACAACCUGAAGCUCAGCCCGAGCAGCAGCCGCAGCAGCAGGCGUCGCCGCAGCCGUUGGGUAGCUCCCAGCCGAAACGCUACAUACCCACAGUCAAGCAAUGGGACGAGCGCUGCAAGGCCAAGGCCAACGAGGCAGCUGCCGGUGCCAACAAGGAGAACAAUAUGUCUGGCAAGACAGCGAACAAAUCGGAGGAAUAUGCUAAUACACAGCGAGCCAUGGGACCCUCCAGUCAGGGCAACAUCAUGGCCAGCAAAUCGCCGCAGCAGAGCGGAGGCAAGGAUCGGGAGCUGUUCGUGCCGCGCUACUGGCCACCGGCUCCUCUGGUGGUCAAGGGCGAGAUCCGCCGUGGCAAUCUGACCCAUGCCCGCAAUAUAACACGCGCCUUUGCCAAUUGCGGCCUGCUGCCCACUCCAUCUACAGCCUGGGAGCUUGAGAACGGCAAGGACGACUACGAGCUGAUGCCACACGCGCCGUCGCGGUCUAUGAAACGCUAUGCCAUGGACCAGCUGCUAAAGCUGGAGCCGCAGCCACACAAACUGGAGAAACCAAACAUUGCUGAGGCCCUGUUAAAGCUUGGUUUUAUGUGCGAAUAGCUGCUAUGGGAGAGCCAAGCGAAAGCCGUUUUGAGCCAUUGCAUUCGACUCGACGACAGCAACAACAACUCCUCUCACGCCCUCAAUGUCUCUGUUUAGUUCUAUGUGUAUUCAGUUUGUUUGUUCAUGUUCUUGUUAUCUCAAUUCGUUGCAUUUCCUCAAUGAGCUCUCGCUAUCAGCCCAAUGUGUUUUAUAUCUUCAAUAACGAGCAUCUAGGGGAAUUGCAACUCAAUUAUGGUUAAUAAAACAGCAAACUCAAAUAAGAUUUGGCUUGGCUU